UCGAAGCGGCGAAGGGGCGAGAUCUGCCUUUGUGUCAUCGUUGUGGCGAUUCUUUCGACGUAAAAAAAGAAGUUUCCGGUUCGUCGUUGAAGAAACAACAGUUUUGUAACCGUAAGGUUCCUGUAUCACAAUGCAUAUAGAGCGGGAGAUGGAGAACACAUGACUAUGACUUGAUCUGUAAUAACUCAAGCGAUACAUAACACACUUGAAAAAGGUAUGCAAACAUGUAACUGUAGUGAAGCAACAUUCGUUAGCGAAAAGAAGCAAAAUUUUUGUAACCAAACUGAAGAGAGCAAAUUACGUUACAUCAAAAAGAAAAUAAAUGGCCAAACAUUUAACAUUUCAAACAUUGUCAACGGUUCCCAGAUAAGUUAACUUCACCGCGGUGCAGCUGAAGUGCUUAAGUUGUGUUCGGUGGCGUAGCCAGGACUUUUUUUUUUUUUUUUUUAGAGCGACGAGUGGGAAGGGGCACGCACUCGACCGAGGAGGAAGUAGAAGUGGGGAAGCCAGGGCGGGAUCCUGGUAAACAAAAUUUCAGGAGAGAGGGGGGAGUGCCCGGUAUGCCCUACCCUGGCUACACACCUGGUGGUGCUAACUUAGCUUGUGUGAGAUGUCCUUAUGUUGCAGACUCGGCCUGAGCUCCAAGAGCCCCGCAUGGGUCGGCGCCUGGUGGCUGGGUUUCUUGGUGGCCGGAGCCAUGGGCCUCACGUUAGGCCUGAUCACCUGCUCUUUUUCCAAAACACUUGCCUGAAUACGAAGCUGUGCGCGCCGAGAAGAAUGCUGACCAGUCGGCUGUCUCGUUGGUGAGCAUGCUGCUGUCGAGCGAGUUUGGGCAGCGCAUCAGCGACCUGCCCAAGGCCAUUCGCCGGCUGCUGACGAACGUGCCCUUCAUGCUUCUCUCGUUCGCCAUGUCCUUCAACCAGAUGUUCGCCAUCGGCAUCACGUCGACGCUUACAAAGUUCUUCGAGUCUCAGCUCGGGAUGUCGUCGGAAACCAUCGCCUACCUUACCGGGCCCAUCGUGCUCGUCGGCGGCGGUUUCGGCGCCAUCUGCGGUGGCGCCCUGGUGGGCCGCUGGAACCUGGACUUCGAGGGCAUCAUGCGUCUCUGCAUGUACAACUGCUGUUUCUCGUGGUUCGGCGUGCUCGCCUUUCUUUUCAGCAGUCCGGAGAGCACCUACGCGACGCCCGAGGGAUACGUCGGCGCACCGAAACCGACGAGUUUCAACUUCGGGUGCAACGUCGAUUGCAACUGCACGCUGAGCUACGUGAACCCAGUCUGCGCCGCUGAUGCGGUGGUCUACCUGUCGCCGUGCCUUGCAGGCUGCCGGAGGGAGCUUCAGCUCGACAGGUUGAAGAUGUACAGCGACUGCUCGUGCGUGAACGGCACGCUGACCAAGUUGGCGGGCGUCAGCACCGAGCGACUCCUGGUCGAGGGCGUGCAGGCGACCCGUUCUCGCUGCCCCGUCGACUGCCCUCUGCUCUUGGUCUACCUGCUCGGCGUCUUCCUGUCGCUGAGCUCGACCUUCCUCAAUGCAGCGCCGGCCACGGCGGCGACAAUCAGGUGCGUCCAGCCCGCUGAGCGGUCACUGGCACUCGGGAUCAAGACCAUCAUCGCAAGGCUCGUGGGUUCCAUCCCGGCUCCCGUGAUCUUGGGUGGCAUCAUGGACGGGAUGUGCUUGGCUUGGCACCGGCCGUGUGGCUCGAGCGGCAACUGCAUCGCCUACCAGAACGAAGGCAUGGCCCGGGGCAUGUUCUACGCGCUGGUCGCCAUGCUCUCGAUGUCCAUGCUACUAUUCUACCUGUCUCUGCUGGCGCACCGCCAGAGAGCCCGGAAGAGGGAGGCCGCCAAAGCGAAGCAGGCCCCGUCCGUAGGGCCCGGCACUAGCGCGCUCAGAACCACCAAGGAGACUACGGACGCCUCGUCUCCAUUUCCGCGAUGAGUGACUGCAGAGAUGCGGUUGCGGUCGCGCUGUGACCCGCGCCAGACGACACCUGGCCGUUAGACCGCCGUGUGGAUUUCGAAUUUUCUCUAUACGCGAACUGGCCUGUACCUUGGAUGGCGUCUAUAUCUCUGCCAAGCUGUCUACGAUGAAAGAUUUGAUGCUGAUUAAAAAAAGAAUAGAGAA